CUCCGGGCCCAGCUGCUGUUUACAUGACAAGAAGAAAUGUCGGCGUAGUCGCAGUCUGUCGCCGUCAGAUUGCUUUUCUUUUCAAACACCUGAACCCGCAGCCUCUUUCACACGUCGCUCGUCCAACGCGUGAAGAUGUUGGAGGCGGAUCAGCGGCCGGACAGAGACUCGCUGGAGGUGUGUGUGAUCCCGGAGAACCAGCACUGUGGAGAAGUAGCAGACGUCCAGAAAGCUGAACUGGCUCCUGGAGGCUCCCUGCUCGGGUGUCUGGGGGCCCGGGGGCGGCUAGUGGUCUGGGACCCGGCGGACAGAGAGGCCCCUCCGGCUGCAGCGGACGGCUGCUACACGGACUUUUUCUGGGAGGAGGCGUCCGUCCACAGUCGGGGCGUCAGCAGCUUCAGACUGCUGGCUGUUGGAUCUCAGUGCGACCUGAAGCUGCUGGAGGUGGAAGCGGAACGAUCAGCGUCCGUCUCUCUGCUCUGUGUGUCUGAAUGUCCUGCAGAUCGCCUGCUGCAGACCGUCAGAGAGCAGGACCCCGGUGUGUGUGAGCUGCAGUCGGUGCGCGUGUUGUCGUUUGCUGCCGGCCGCUGCUGCAUGCUGCUGAACUGUGAUUGGCUGCUGCAGCUGCAAUGGCAGCAGACGGAGGAGGAGCCGCAGACGACAUCCUGCUGCAGCAUCCGGCGGACUGAAAGCGACAGACACACUGCUGUCCACCACUGUGUCUGCAGGGAAACCCUGUUCAUCCUCAGCUCCACUGGACUCAUAUCUGUUUAUAAUAUCUCCGAUGGCAGUCUGCUGGCCUGCGUUGACCUCCCAGCUUACCUGAGCUCUGACCUGGCAGAGGAUGACCUCAUCUCCCCUCCUUCCUCCUUAUCCUCCUCUUCCUCCUUCUGCCUCCUCCAGGUGUCAGCUGAUCUCAAUACGGUCGUAGCCGUCACUCAGUCUCACGCUGCCGUCGCCGUCGACCUCAACCGCUACUUCAGGAUGUAUCCAGACCACCUACUGUGUGCUGCUCCCCCCUCUCGCCCCCCGCUCCAGCCCCAUCACCCAAGAGACCAGGACAGCCUGUCGAGCUCCAGCUGCAGCCUUGCCGCCCUGGGAUCAGCCUUCAGCGCUGACCGCUCCUGGAAAGCUCGUCUGGCCUCCAUGUACAGCAGAGCUCUGCAGGAUGCAGCUCCCACCUCCUCCUCCUCCUCCUCCUCCCCCCAGCCUGCCGGGACCUCCUGGUCUUCCUCCCUCCGCCACCUGAAGUCGCAGCAGGCUUCGCCCUCAGCCCACAGCAGAGUGCCUUGCGGGGGAGCGACCGUUGCUUUCUCCAUCCCCGAGUCGUCCACUCCGUCUCUACUCACCGUGUCCGAGUUCUCCGCCCAGCUUACCUUUGUCUCCCCUGGCAACAGACAGACCGCAGUGGCCUUAUGGGAUUUAGAGUCAGGGAAGGUUAAUUACCACCGUGCGGAGGGCGUGGCGGCUCCAGUUCAGCGCUGUGGAGAGAGACAGCACAGACUCCUGCUGAAGAAGGCUGGGCUGUUCCAGGUCUUGUUCUCAGUGUCCCAGCAGGACUUGCUCAGCAGGUUGAUGUUAUUUGGGAGCGCAGCAACAGUCGACGCAGUCUGUCACCUGAACAGCUGGGGGCGCUGCUCCAUCCCCAUCCACGCCCUGCAGGCUGGACUGAAGAAUCGUCAGCUGGACACGGUGGAUUUCUACCUGAAGAGUAAAGAGAACAUCCUGAACCCUGCUGCCGAUCAGCCUGCAGCAUCCACACUGAGCCUGACAGACAGUGUCCAGGAGUUGUGUCCUGCGUUGGACCUUCUGUGUUCGGCUGUCAGAGAAUCAAACAGCGAAGCUCAGAGCCGACAGUUCUCUGAACAGCUGCUCAACAUCACCAUGAGCUUUGUCAACACACAGAUCCGUUCAGUCCUGUCCAGCGCACAGUACGAGGACUCAGGAGUGCGGAUCUGCGUGGAUGUUCUUGAUCGGUACGUCACCGAACUGAGGAGCUACAUGAAGAGAUACCCCUGGCCUGCAGGGGGCGACACCUCCAGCACCAAUUCUGCUGAUUCUGCUGAGGAGGCGGCUCAGAGAGACGAGUGGGAGCAGCUGCCGACAGAGGAAGUGGUCCGUCAGUCCGUCCUGACCAAUCAGAUCCCCAGAGCUCAGGCUGUCCUGAGGAGGCGGAGCCGGCCGGAACAGCGUCUGGCCUCCUUGAGGAUGGAGGGUCUGCGUCAGGUUUUCUCCUGCCUGCAGCGGCGAGACCUGCAGACCGCCAACACGCUCCUCAUUAACAUGGGUUUCAGUGUGAAGAAGCAGCUGCACAGUAUCUGCCUCUACACCAACGACAAAGAGCUCAGGGAGUUUGUGGUGGAGGAGCUGUUGAGGCGGAGUUGUUUUCCAGCGGAGGAGAUGCAGAGCGUGGUGUUCAUAAAGGAGAUGGAGAGGUUGGGAUCCCUGCCUGCAUCCCGCUGCCCUUCAAACACCACAUCACAGGGGGUCGUCCAGAUGGUCCGCAGGGAGACUGGUGGUGGUGGGGGGGUUCUGGAGGAGCUGGUGGGACAGAAGAGGUCUGAGGAGGAUGGGGGGGGGCUCUGGAGGAACCUCCGACUGGACUGGGUGAGGAACUGGGACCAGAGCUGCCAGUCUGCCGUCCUCCUGUCCAGACUCCAGCACACAGAGUUGAGUUCCUGUGACUCUGCGGUGUUGUGGCGUUACCUGACUGCCCUGCAUGACCAGCGCCGGGUGGUCGACUGGAUCCGGAACAGGGAGACCUCUGAUGCCUCCCAGUGGCCUGAGUUAACCCCAGAGCUGGUGAAC